AGCAUUACUCCUGGCAGUUGCCACAUGACCUAAUUUGGUUGUAUCAAAACAGUUUAAUCAUCCACAUGCAUAUAUAUAAACCAUUGUUUUCCAGUUUUUUCUAUUUCACGGUUUGUCUUUUACUCUUUUUUCAGUUAUAAUAAAAUGAACCUUUUCAGUACAAAAACAAAAACCAUAAAAACAUAUGGGAAAAAAAAUGUCGAACGCGUCGUUAAUAUUAACACUUGGAAUUAUGAAGUGGAUGAAAAAUUAGAGGAGACCGUUAACUUAUCGGAAAGCAACCCAAUUCAUGAUACAGCAAAGAAAAAUUCUUUGAAGAGAAGCACAACGCCCAAACAAACAACUAAAGAUGUUACUAGUAAAAACGCAGAAAAGAAACCAACCAAGCGUAAGACAUUUACGAAAGGAUUCACUAAGUCAAAACAUUACGUUUCUCCACUUCAACCUUCACAAAAAUCAACACACACCAAAGAAACUUCUUGUAAUAUGGAAAAUGUUUCACCGAAACUGUCAAUAUCCAGUAAGACCAUAGUCCGAGAAAAAACGCCAUCUCCAAUUAAGUCACAUCGAAUGCCGCUUACACCGAAGAAGCCUAAAAACAAAUAUCAUUCACAAACCGAAGAUCACGAUCAUCUGCCUUCAAGUCCCUUUAAGAUUUUAUAUAAUAAAAAAGAUGAAAAAGAGAAUGUCUUCGAUGACCGAAAUGAAAGAAUGACAUCUUUUAUCGAUAUCAAGCAUUUAGAGAUUGAUAAAUUGAUUAAAGGACGUGAAUAUAUCACGGUUGAAUUGACAGAAUUAUUGAAAAUUUGUGAUCAAAAACAAUUAUGGACCUUUGAAGAAUUCCUUGGGAUAGAUUGCCUUAACAAUGCUAUAAAAAUUGGAGAGGCAAGCUUCUCCGAGGUAUAUUCGGCGUACGCGCCUGAAUUUACUACCACAAGAGUGAAAUGUGUUUUCAAAGUUGUUCCUUUUGGAAGAGGAAAAGAAGUACUGGUAAACGGCGAGGAACAGGGUAGUAUAAGAGAUAUAACUCAAGAGAUCAAAACGACGUUAGAGCUGGGCGGACGAACUGGUCUUGAUCCGGAAUUGCGAGUUGGUUUCUUGAAAUUGUAUGGUGUUGGUGUUUGUUGUGGAAAUUAUCCAAAGGUUUUAUUAAAAGAGUGGGAUCGAUGGGAUAAAGAAUAUAAGUCAGAGAAUGAUCGUCCAGAUUAUUUUGAUGACAAACAGCUUUAUGCCGUGUUAAUUGUUGAAUACGGGGGUGUGGAUCUUGAACAUGUUAAAUUAAAAAACUGGAUGCAAGCUUGGAGUGUUCUUACACAAGUCGGAUGGAGUACAGCACAAGCCGAACAGUCGUUAAAAUUCGAACAUCGUGAUUUACAUUGGGGAAACAUAACGAUAAAACCAACCAAAAGCAAGUCUGUAUCAUAUAACUUGCUUUUAGCUAACAUAAAUGUUGAAGUCGAAACUUUUGGAGUGCGAGCUUGUAUUAUAGAUUAUACGUUAUCUCGGAUGGAACGUGGAGACGAAGUUAUUUACGUAGAUAUAUUAGAUGAAGGAUAUUUUACCGGAAAAGGCGAUUAUCAAUUUGAUAUAUACCGUAUGAUGCGAGAGGAGUCUAAGGGCGAUUGGAAGUCUUUUUGGCCAAAGACUAACGUGUUUUGGCUUCAUUAUAUCGCGGAUAAAUUAUUGACUGCGAAAAAAUUAAGCCGACCAAAAAAAGAUAGCGAUCAAUAUGAUUAUUACAAUGCAAUUGUGGGGUUUAAGAAGAGGGCAUUAGCAAAAAAUGGUGGUUAUAAAAGCGCGAUGGAGGCGAUGAAUCAAGACGAAGCAUGGCGAAUAUGAAAAUGUUAUGGUAUUUUUGAUAAUUAAUUUGAAUAUAUUUUUUUAUU